ACACGUUUCAACCGGCGACAGCGAACCUCCUUUCCAAUCAUCAUCAUAAAACCACCAGCGGCAGCAGCACCACCCCCAUCAUCGAUACAAGUACUAAGAUCGCUGCGACCUCACAGUAACGUACUUUGCACAAUGUCUGAAGGAGGCAGUAAGGGCAGCCCAGAAGGUGAUGGGCCACAAGAACAAGGCCGCGGAGCCGAGUCUCCAGCAAAACGCCAGAAACUGAUCAACGAAGAGGAUGAGACUUUAGAGAAACUUCGACGUCAGAUCGCAGUACUGGAAAAGGAAAAGGCAAUACUGGAAAUGAAAAACAAGAAAUACAGUCGCAAAAGCUUGGAAUCGCUGCUUUUCAAGGUGGAAGAAGGAGACCUCAAAGUGGUUUCUACUGGUAACGACAAAUCGCAUGUGGGCGGUCACGACGAAGCGAAAGCAAUCAACAAGAAAAUCUAUCUUCCGACGUUUGACCAGCAGAAAGUAAGAAAAUGCUGCGAAGUGUCCCGGGUGCUUCAAAAGUUUGUUGACACAGAAAAGACAACGGACGAUAAACUGGUGUUCCGGGAAAUCCUCUACAACUCCGAAGCAGACAUUGCUGCGAUUGUUUUGGCCGCAGCAGAAGACGCCAUUGAAUUGCUGAAACAAUUCCACAGUGGAAGAUUUCGGGAGGACAGCAUCGAAACAUCAAUGGAGCGAAGCUUCCUCUCCUGUCGACCAGAUAUCUUGGUUGUAUCCUUUAAUAGGGUCCCAAUUCUCACCAUCGAAAUCAAGAAGCCUAUUCCGGGGGAUGGUUCAUUGACUGACAAUGGCGUUGUCCUGGGCCAAGUUUUCGAUCAAGCUCAAGUCGUCCAGGCCCACUCACAGAAGGAUGUGCCCUGUGUCCUUUCUACCUUUAGUGAAUCUGUUGUUUGCUGGCCACCAGAAAGCAACACGAAGGAUCUGUUGGACCAAUGUUUUCCAUCAUCUACUGCGUCGUCAUCGUCUACUGGGGACCAGCAAGAUUCUCCUUCGUCAGUCCGAGCAAACAAGCCAGGCCUAACUCAGUCGCCCCCAUCUUUCAAAUCACCACUCGGAAUAGCGAGAACUGUCUCGGAUAGCCCACCUGAGGCUGACGAAAAACCGAGCUUUACGCCACUCAAGACUGAGGAUCGAAAAUUGGCCGUGUCCCAGUCAUUCAAGGCUCAUGAUAUUGUAAAAGUGCUGUAUGCUGCUAUAUGCGUAGCUUAUGACGUGACCGCACCUUAUGAUCAAAAGUCUGAAAUCUAUAAGCUAGAGCCUGGCAAGAUGUACAAUUUUGAUAAGGCGCUUCGAGUGGAAGACAAAGGCGGAUACACGUGGGGAAAAUUGAGCAAUGUCAAAUUGGGGGAAAAAAUCCACGACCAGCGUGGUGCGAGAGCUUCUUCUCGAAGCAAUCGAACACAGAGUGACAACGACAAUGCCACAGCGCGAGGACCCUAUUUUAUCAUUGGGCGCCUUGGCUUCGGAUCAACCAGUAAUGUAUUCCAUGCACUAAAUUGCGACGGAAAGGAAGUGGCACUCAAGGUCUAUGUGAAGAAUGAGGACAGAACAUCAAAGAGGGUGCUUUCCAAAGAUGAGUUCGAGAAGGAGGCAAUCGCGGCAACGACACGAGAGAAAGAACUGCUUCUCAAAUUGUAUGGUUUUCUUAAAAACAGGGUCCAUGUUGUGUCGUUGUUCGAAGGUCUACAAUGCGUCGUUAUGCCUGUUUUUACCCCAGUGGAGAAGGAGAAACGACCCCAAAUGUUGCCAGGCAUACAAGCAGUGCUGGAGCGUUUUGGUAAGGCAGGGCUUAAGUACAAUGCGAGCGAUAUUCGUUGGCGUCAUGUGGGGCGGCUUGUGGUGCAAGGUGGUGGAACUGACAGGACGGAAUGCAUCCUGUACGAUCUUGCCAAUUUGGAUGUGGUUACCGCAGAAGACAAGGACUGCGUUGAAAAACAUAUUCUAGGUCUCAAGGAACGAAGUGAGGAAGAGAAGCAGCAAGAAGGGGGUAUGUUUGCUUUGGAGGUCGUUGAUAAUCAUUAGUAUCUAAAUGAAAUAGGAAUCGGGGGUUCGAACUUUCUAGCUACUAGCUAGCUAGGUACAUCUAUCAAGUGUCGGAACAAAGGUCUCUGGAACGUACAGACUGUAGAGGGGGUACAUAUUCCACAUGUUUUUAUUAUUAGACAAUAGAAAGAUUAUGCUCCCUAGGGAAUAAAUACAAAUUGAAUAAAAAAGAUGAAUUUGAAAAAUAAAUGGGGCAUGCACGGAGUUUUACCUGAUAUUAAGCUAACCUCCGUAGGGAAUAAAUACAAAUUGAAU